AUGCCGUUGCCGCCAGUCACCGCACCGGCGGCUUAUUACAAGUGCACGUGGGCGCGCGCGUGCCUGUGCUGUCGCGCGCGCAAGAUCGUCGACUUCCACCCGGCGCACCCGGACCGCACGACCAUCGAAGCGCGCCACGAGCACAACCACCCGCUCUCCGCGGGGCCCUUCCCCCGCUCGCCGCGAGUCGCGCUCCCCCGCUUACUUGGCGGCGGAAAACCCCCCACCGCCGCCUCCGCCAGCUUCCGCGCAAAGGCGCACGGAUUCGCCGCGGGGCUCCGCUGCAUCGGAGGCAGCAGCGACGGAAGGGAGCACGCGGGCGGCGGACUGAAGUCGGGACAACCGCGGCCGGGGCAAAACGGGAAAACCAUCACCGACUUCGCCGCACACGCCGCGGCAGCAGCAGCGGCGAUUACUACUGCGGAAGCGGCGGCGCAGAGCUUAGGCGGGGGAGCUGCGCCAGCCGCUGCGCCGCCCGCCGGUCCUUCCGCACGUAACACCCCUCCAAACGGCGGAUCCGAUGCGCGGCGACCUGCCGCCACCGCGACGGUCGCGUCGCCUUCCAGCCCUAAUAAUCCUGCCGCCGCUGUAGAGUCUUGCCGUGGACAUAAUCUGGGAGCUAUUGCUAGUAGUAGCGCCGUCGCUGGUCGCAGCUCUCACGGCUCUAGUGGGCCGCCCGCGCAGGAUCAAGCUGGUUCCGCGCAGACGGGAGGGUCCGCGCAGGCUGGUGGGUCUGCGGAGGUAGGUGGGUCUGCGGAGGCCGCAGGGGCAGCGGGUGCUGACAGUGCGCGCGGCGGAGUGAGUGCGGUUCCGGAGGUUGCCCUGGCGCCACAGGCGCAGCAGGCGCAGCAGGCGCAGCAGGUGCAGCAGGUGCAGCAGGUGCAGCAGGUGCAGCAGGCGCAGCAGGUGCAGCAGGCGCAGCAGGUGCAGCAGGCGCAGCAGGUGCAGCAGGUGCAGCACACUGCGGCGCGCGAUUUCCAAAACGCACGCGAGCGCGAGCGCGACCCGGGGAACGUGCGCAGGCUGAGAAACGCGCGCGUUUUGGGGAGCGCGCGCAUCAGCCUGUGGAACGCGCGCGGCAGCUUGGGGAACGUGCGCAAUCUGCACAAUGCGUAUGCGCGCAAGCAGGGGAACGCGCCCGAGCAGGAAGGCACGAGUGUGCGUUUUCUGCCUGCGGCAAAGCGGAUGCGCGGCGUUGCAGUGGGUCGAGUAAGCGGGCACCCAGGCCAUGGUGGAUUCACCCAUGCCCCUGCUGCCCCUAGUGGGGCUGGUGCGUCUGGUGGGGCCGGGUGUGCUGCUCCUGCUCCUCCUCCUCCUUCUCCUGCUGCUGCUGCUGCUGCUGCUGCUGUUGGUCCUGCUCCUCCUCCUGCUGCUGCUGCUGCUCCUGCUCCUGCUGCUGCUCCUGCUCCUGCUGCUGCUGCUGCUGCUACAUCGCUUGCUGGAGCACCUACUGCUGAUCCACAUGCAUGCAACACACUGUGUUCCCUCCCUCCUCUUGUACCUCCACCUCCCUCAACUGCACUCCCUCCUUCUCCUGCCCUUCCCCUUCCUUCCACCGCGCCUGCCAUGAUACCUGCUUUUUCAUCCCCCCUCGUCCCCCCUGCAUCUGCUGCUGCUGCCACUGUCAAACCCAAGCCAUGUCACUUGGACCUGUGCCUGUCCACUCCAUCUGCCACCCUCACCCCCCUCACGCGUUUUGAGUCGACUCAAAAUCGGCAGCACAGUACUGUUGCUCCCACUGUCAAGCCCGAGCCAUAUCACCUGGACCUGUGCCUUUUCACUCCAUCUCCCUCCCUCACCACCCUCACCCAGCAAUCGCUCUCGAGCUAUCCUCCUCAGCACCCUCCUCCCCUUCUCCCAUCAUCACCCUCGUCUGAUCCUACUCCAUACUCCCCUCUCGCCUCCUCUUCAACAGCCCGUCCGGGCCCAACUGGUGUGGCUGUUGCUUCAGAUUCUGCCUCGGGUGUUGCUGCUCCGAUGCCCACAACUCCCAGUUCUGCCCGUGCUCCCGCUCCCAUUUCUGCCCCAUACCUACCGCAUCAGCACAGUUUGCCUCCAUCGCCCAAGUCUGCCUCUACUGCUCCGAACAUCUCACAUCAAGCGUCGGCGCUGGGUUUUUCCUGGGAAACAUCACAGCUGCUAGCAGACAUAGAACGCCGUACCAGCGCAUCAUUACUGCCGGAAAUAUCCGUUGCGAGGGGUGAUGACGCCAUGUGGCAGGCAGCGGUUGGUCGGCUGAGCGAGGCAUUGGAGGAGAUCAACUCGCUGAGGCGGAUUGUGGCUCGGCAAGAGGGGGGACCCCCUCACAUCUCUCGAGUCGCUCGACUGUCGAUUCGACGCGCCGCCCGGUGCAGCCCGGCGGGCGGGCCCGCCCACAUCACAACGGCUGAUGUGUCACCACCACCUCGCGAGGCCCUAGGCUCCGCCAUAGUAUCUCCUGCCCGCCUCGCUUUCCCACCUCGCGCAUUCCGCCGUCUCUCGUCCGUCGAUUCUCCCACACGCCUGCCGAUCCAACCGCUUUCCUUCGCUGCGCCGCCAGUCGUUGCGGCGCGGGGCCGCGCACUAGAUUCGCGGGCAGGACGCAAACCCGCACUGCGCAAGAGCGCCCGCGCGGCCGUCGCACCCGCCUCGCGAGCUCGCGCGCGCAAGCACAUCUCCCCAACGGACUUAGCGCGCGCGGCAAUGGCGGAGGCGGAAAGCCGCGAACAGCCGCUGUUCUCGUUCGGCGUGGUGGCGGAUAUUCAAUACGCGGACAAGGACACGCGCACAUCAUCGGAUGGCCGAAAGCAGCGGUAUAGGGAGGCACCGAGCAAGCUGGCAGCAGCAGUUGCGGCGUUUAAUGAAGCGCAGCCGCCCCUGAGUGCAGUGGUGACGCUGGGCGAUAUAGUGGACGGCAGGGACACGGAGGAGGCCACUGUGGAGGACUUUAGAGUUGUGCUGGGGGAACUGGCCAAGCUGCACGUGUCUCCACUGCAUCACGCCAUCGGCAACCAUUGUCUCUACGUGCCGCGCUCCACUCUCCUGCCCAGCCUGAAUCUCGCCUCCCCUUUCUACUCCGCUGCCCUCCCCAACCACUGGAAACUCCUCGUGCUCGACUCCAUGGACGUCAGUCUCAAGUGGCAUUGCGACUCUGAGAACUAUCAGGCAGCAGAGGCGUUUCUGGAGGCGCGGAGGGCGGAGGGGCAGGAGGGGGGUCACCUGGUGCCGUGGAAUGGCGCAGUGGGGCGCGCACAGAUGGAGUGGCUGCUGCAGGAGCUGAGACUCGCAGAGGAGCAUGGAGAGAGGGUGGUGGUGGCACUGCAUCACCCCGUUGCAGUGGGCUCAGCUCCCGAUGACCUGCUAGCGUGGAACCACCAAGAGAUCUGUGACGUGCUGGUCAACUCCCCACCAGUCGCUCUCGUGCUAGCAGGCCACUACCACCCGGGCGGCUAUGUGUGCAUGCGCGGCAAGCACUUUCUGACUCUCGAAGCCAUUCUGGAGGCACCAGAGGGCUCAGAAGCACACGGGAUCAUGGAUGUGUAUGGUGACCGCAUCGAGCUGCGGGGAUCUGGGUUUGUCAAGUCGAGAGUGUUUCGGUUAGACCAGGUGGAGGAUGGGAAAGGCGGGGUGGAGAAUGAGUCUGAAGAUGACUGUAAGGUGGUAGCUGAUACAGCUAAGGAUGUGGUAUGA